CUCUCUCCCAUCACCGCCGCAUCACAUCAUGGACCAGUUCUUCGCCACCCGCUUCUGCCCACAAUGCCACAAUAUGUACUUUCCGCCCCGCCCCUCCGACACCUUUAUGAUGUGCGGCCUGUGCGGCUUCAAGAAGCCCAUCCGCGAGAUCGCUGCGGAGCAGGUCGUCACCGCUGUCAACGUGGCACCUACGGGCAUGCGUGCAGAGGCUCUUCGUCGCAAGGGCAUCGACAAGGACGCCCAGAAGGCUCGCAUCGACGAGCCUUGCCCAGAGUGCAACGCCCCGCAGAUGCUCUUCCACACCGCACAGCUCCGAUCAGCCGAUGAAGGUCAGACCAUCUUCUACCACUGCACAGAGUGCGACCACAAGUUUGCCGUCAACUCGUAGUCCAACCCCAAGUCGCGCCACCCUCGGAUCAACGCCGCCGCUCAACCCCCAGUGCAGCACCUCCGGCUCCUGCCUCUCGCCGUGCCUGUGCGGCUCCGAACCGACCGACGUCACCAGCUUGGCUUCCACACAUCUGCUUCCAUCUCGACAUCAUCAUUGUUCUCGCUCCUCAUCAAUCUAUGGCAUCGGCUCUGCGCUGUACCAUCCCAUCUGCCAUCCUUCUCUAUCACACCAUGAACACCUCUUCCACACACA